AAAUUAAAUGGGAUUCUAAGUGUCAUUUCACCAUAUAUUAAUGAAAAAGCUAAUUAAAUUAGCUCUUUGGUGGAAUAAGAUAUUUAAAUAAGCUUCCACCAAACACCAGGAAUUAGCUUAUUUAAUACGGUCGUACUAUGUAGUCAAUAAGGUACUGUUGGUCAUUUAAGUUAAUUUUUGCUCAAAUAAGCUAAUACCAAACGUCCAAACACAGCCAUUGUAAAAUCAAUAAUCUCCUGUGCAGUAGUACAGUGUUGAGAGAAGACUUACCUAACUUUUGUAUUUUUCUUAUAAAAAAAAAAAAAAAAAAAAAAAAAAUCUCCUGUGCAGUAACACGAUUACAAGUAUUAACUAGUAGACGGAGUCCGCCACUCUGGUGAACAAAAGAUAAACCCCUGAGACACCCUUCGAGAGCCACCGUACUCAUUUUGUUUUUCCCCGCUCAAAAUCCACACAAACCCAACACUCUCGCUCGCUCGCUCGCGUUGCCGUCGUCUUCCUCAACGCCGCAGCUGCCACUAACAUCACACUCUCUCAGGUCUACACCAUUCUCUUUCAUUUCAAUUUCAUCUCUUAAUAGCAUAUUCUAACUCAACAAUGGCAGCAAAUCUUCCUUUCAAAAGGGUAGUUUCCUUUCUCCAAAAACGGUUCUUUAAUGCACACCCACUUCCCCCAAACCCUAAAUUAUCAUCAAAAACCCGUAAAAGAAAGAUUAAAUCUGAGUCAAUCCUACCUAAUUUAUCAUCUUUCCCAAUUCAAUACUUAACUAAUUCAUGUGGGCUUUCGUUAGAAUCUGCAAUUAAAGCCUCGAAAAGAGUUGUAUUAGAAGAGAAGAACAAGAAACAAUUUGAUUCUGUUGUUUUGUUUUUGAAAUCCCAUAAUUUUACUAAUGCUCAUAUUAUUAGACUUAUUGAGAAAUACCCAGCUGUUCUUAAUUGUAGGAUUACAAGUAAUCUUGAACCUAAGCUUAGAUUUCUAGUAGAAAAUGGGAUUAAGGGUUUGUAUCUUCCUAAGCUUGUGGUUAGUUCUCCGGCGAUUUUGUUUCGGAGUUUAGAGGCGCAAUUGAAGCCUGCAAUGGGUAUAAUUAAUAGAUAUGUGAGUUGCCUUGAUAGGCUUUUGGUUACAGUUCAUCGUGGGUCUUGGUUACUUACUUCUGAUUGGAAAGGACUGCAAGAGAAUCUGGAUUGUUUGAUUGAAGAAGGGGUGCCCGAGAAACGAAUCGAGGAGUUGCUUGUUUUGCAGCCUAGGUGUUUGUACCAAGAUAUUUCAAAGAUCAAUUAUGCAGUGAAAAUGAUAAGAUGUAUGGGGGUAAAGCCUACUGAUGUUAAGUAUAUACAAAACUUUCGUGUCAUAAUGUCGCUUAGUAAGUUGAGCUGGAAGAGGAAGGUUUCCAUCUUUGAGAGUUUAGGUUGGUCUACUAAGGAGGUUAUAUUGACUUUUACUAAGAGUCCACAUUGUUUGUCUUGCUCUGAGAAGAAACUUAGGAAUGCUAUGGAUUAUUUUGUUAAUACUGUAAAGGUUGAUAGGGAGACUAUUAUUGGUUAUCCCAAAGUUUUGAUGUAUUCAAUUGAGAAAAGGGUUGUUCCAAGGUUCACUAUUUGGAAGAUUUUGAAAGAGAGGAAAUUGAUUAGGCGUACACGGUUCAUUUGGAUGCUGAAUAAAUCAGAAAAGGAGUUUAUUGAUCUGUAUGUUACCAAGUACUCUACUGAGAUACCUUAUCUACAGCAAAUCUAUAUGCAGUCCAAGGGGGGGCUCAAUCCGGGCUGUAAGAAGUUGAAGAAGAUUGAUUAUGACAAUAAAUUGUGAUUAGACUGUUCCGGUGGCGAGUGAGGGGAUGAUUGUUGCAAAAUAGCUAUCAGCACAAUGAAUAAUUAAUCCAUGUUUCUCAGAACAAUACUUUUUUUUUUUUUUUCUGUGGCAGAAAUUGGAACUUUUGAGGUGGUAGAAGUUUAUUGUCCGUGUGUAUUAAGUUGUGAACUAUGGCUACCUUCAAAGUACUAAUUAACUAGUGGCUGGUAACCAAUUAUAGAAAAAUUAAGCCUUCAAAGAAGUGUUUAGUCUUUUUUGCCUUCAUUUUUUUCGGUGGAAAAUUAUUUCGAUAUGCUUCUGAAACCUUUUGCACUUAGCUACAGAAUAACCAGCUGAUUUUACCUUUAGCAGUGUUUGUAUCUAUGCACAGCACUAGUAGAACUUACACAGAUAAAUGUUAAUCACUUAAUCCAAGGAUGCAGCAACCAAUCUUUCGUUUGCAUUGGAAACAGAAUCAAUCUGUUGCGCUGCUGGCAGCAUUUUGCAAAUGCUGGAAAGUGGAAACAGAAUCGAAUCUGUUGGGCUGCGACUGAUUGCAAUUUGUGUGUCGAGUGUUGAAACGUAUCUGUGCAUAUGAUAGCUUAGUGAAUUACGAAGUAUAUUACCAAGAUUUACGCUACUUAAACAAAUUGCUAAAAUUGGAUCAAAAAUAAGACUUUCAUCUGCAUUCCUUUAAAUCUUGAAAUUUGUGUGCAUUAUGAAAUUGACCGUGUUAGUAGCUUUUGGUUGGAAUUGAAUAGUCUGUUAUUUGUACUUUCAUGCCUUCCUGUCUCAUCACUCUCAUGGCAAAUUGGCAACCAAGGCAAGACUUGAAAGAAUGUGAAAUUUUUUCUGUGGAGGCGGAUGCACCAUGCUUGGUGCAUUCAGUGUUCUUUAAAAAAAGGUGGAAUGAACAUUUAGCUAUUCAGUAAAGAACAUAUAGUUGUUUUGUAAAGAACAUAUAGCUAUUUUAUAAAGAACAUCUAGUUUUAUAU